GAGUCAGUAACCCAGCUGUGAGGCCCAAUCCAUAAUUACAUCGACUCAAACCCUAUUAGGAACCAAGAAUAAUCAUUCCGCCUCUUUCAUACUGACGACUCCAUUCUGCCUCUUCACAAAAAUAUAAAAUCAUCUCCUUCUUCUGAUUUUACAAAGCCAUAUCAAUUAUACCUCAGCCUAGCUUCAUCAAGAGCAACACCACCCAUCUCAAAGUGCAGAGCAACUGACCCUGUUGUCGAAUCAUACGAUACCUCCCCAUUCGAAUAAUUGCUCAAAGACUGAUUGUUCAAAACAGCUCAAGUAGUGUUACGGUUGGAAUUGAAAUCAUAAGUAGGUGGUGUGGACCAUAGGUGGGAUCGCAGAGCUCAUCAUUCAUAGCAGAGAGGAUUUGAAAGCCAGCUUCUAUGGUUUCUUCUGGUUGUUUUUGACCAGACUAUUAAUUUUUUAAUUUUCUAAUUUAUUUUUAUUGUUUUAUUCAAAUUUUCGGGUCAUUUCGGGUCAGUUUCGGGUAAUUCAAGUACCUACCAGGUCGGGUUCGUGUCACACUUUUUCAACCCGUUUCGGGUUCGGGUCGGGUUCGGGUUGAGAUAAAAAAAAACUAGGUACAUCCAACCCGACACGAACCCGACCCAUUACCCGAAAUUGCCACCCCUACUUACACUUCACUUCCAAUACUAACCCCAAUCUCUACUUGCCGUAACUUCCACCGCCACGCGCAACCUGUAAAAUCCCCACGCGCCACCUUAUCACUUCACAUAAUGAUGAAUCAAGAGCACGAGGAGCAACAGCACAAUCACACAUCCCGAGACGAAAUGGAAACCCUAGCUCUAUCCAGCACCGAGCAAUCUCCGCCGUUCGCCGAGAUCUCGAUGGACGAUCACGAUCACGACUUCAAUCACAAAUACGAUCCGCUACUCAAUCAAACACAAUCGCAAAAUCAAACGCCGAAUCCGUACAACUCGUUUCUCGAGCCGCCGUCGUACGCCGAAGCGAUUUUCAGAUCGUUCGAUGGAGACGAUAACAACAGCAAUAACAGCAGCAACAACGGUGCAGGAGUCAACGGUCACGAUGCGUUCGCCACGUCGACAUCGCAAUCCGGAGCGGAGUAUGUGCGGAUCACGGUUUCGGAUCCUCAGAAGGAGCAGGACGUGUCGAAUUCGGGUAUAAUUGGAAGUACUAGCUAUUUUACUUAUUUGAUUACUACUAGAACUAAUAUUAGGGAAUUUAAUGGAAUUGAGUUUAGUGUGCGGAGACGGUUUAAGGACGUUGUUACGUUGUCGGAUCGGUUGAGUGAGACGUAUCGAGGCUAUUUUAUUCCGAUUAGGCCGGAUAAGAGUGUUGUGGAGAGUCAGGUUAUGCAGAAGAAUGAGUUUGUGGAGAGUAGGAGAGCAGCGUUGGAGAAGUAUCUGGGGAGGCUCGUGGAGCAUCCGGUGAUUAGGAAGAGUGAGGAGUUGAGAUUGUUUUUGCAAGCGGAUGGGAAGUUGCCGUUGGUGAGGACUACGGAUGUGGCAUCGAGAAUGUUGGAUGGGGCGGUGAAGUUGCCAUGGCAGUUGUUUGGGAGGGAGAGUUUGGCGGGUAGUGCGGUGGAUGUGAAUGAGGUUGUUUUGCCUGCGAAAGGAGGGAGGGAUUUGUUGAGGAUUUUUAAGGAGUUGAAGCAGUCGGUUACGAAUGAUUGGGGUGCGGCGAAGCCGCCGGUUGUGGAGGAAGAUAAGGAGUUUUUGGAGAAGAAGGAUAAGUUGCUGGAUUUCGAGAAUCAGAUUAGUAAUGCUUCUCAGCAGGCUGAAUCCCUUGUUAAAGCUCAGCAAGAUAUUGGGGAGACAAUGGGGCAACUUGGAUUGGCUUUUGUCAAGCUAACAAAGUUCGAGGCAGAUGAGGCACUGUUUAACUCUCAAAGGGUAAGAUCUGCAGACAUGAAAAAUGUGGCUACUGCUGCGGUCAAAGCGAGCAGACUGUAUCGGGAGUUGAAUGCACAGACUGUGAAGCAUUUGGAUAAGCUCCAUGACUAUCUUGGGGUGAUGCUGGCAGUUAACAAUGCAUUUUCGGACCGCGCAAAUGCUUUGUUGACGGUGCAAACUCUUUUAUCUGAGCUGGCCUCUCUGAAUUUAAGGAUCGAAAAGCUUGAAGCUGCUUCUUCAAAAAUUUUUGGUGGUGACAGGUCUAGGAUUCGUAAAAUAGAUGAGCUGAAAGAAACUGUAAGAGUAACGGAGGAAGCUAAAACCUGUGCAGUCAGAGAAUAUGAACGGAUCAAGGAAAACAAUAAGAACGAGCUUGAAAGAUUAGACAAUGAGAAGCAUGAUGACUUUUUGAGCAUGCUAAAAGGAUUUGUUGUGAAUCAGGCAGGAUAUGCAGAGAAAAUGGCAAGCGUGUGGGAGAUGGUUGCUCAAGAAACAAGUGGAUAUGCUGUGAAGGAGAGUGACUGAGCAGACUGUGUUUAUACUUUUAUUUCUUAGUUUCUUUUUUUUUUCCUGUCACCCUUCUCUUAGUUUGUACGUAUUUUCAUGUACACUGGUAGUAACUGAUUACACCUAAAACUGUUAAUGAUAGUAUGUUACACCUUUUUUUUUUGUUGCUAAAUUAGUAUGUUACACUUUUAGAAGUUAGCACACAUCUUAUUUUGUAAUAUUUUAUUCCUUUAUUGAAAUAAACUCAACCCGGGUUUUUUGAUGUC